UAGUACUACCCCAACCUUAGACCCGAAGAGAUGGCAGCUGAGAAAUCGCUUUUUCCAGAGCGUAACAGCCAUCAUCUUUCAUCCACAUUUUCUGGUCCAGUGCUAUUCCUGUUCCUGGGCAUUGGCAUUGGCUAUCUGAUAACUCAAGUGCUACUCUGGCCGAUGAUUCCCUUUAGUUACCGACCGAAUCGCACGGUAAACAUCACGAGUAAAAUCGAUGUAGAUCUGUAUGAGGAGGUGCGAGUCUUGUGUUUCGUAUAUACGAAGUCAAGCCAACACCAUUUGCAAGCCACGGGAGUGUUUCGGACCUGGGGAAAGAGGUGCAAUAAGCUGGUGUUCAUGAGCGACAAGGAAGAUACCGAAAUGGGAGCUGUCAGUCUGCCUGGCAAUGGCAACCGCAUAGAGACGUGGAGGAAAACGAAACAGGCCCUGAAGUAUAUCUACGAUUUUCAUUUGGACGAGGCCGAUUGGUUUCUGGAGGCAGAUGCCGAGACCUAUGUGGUAAUGGAGAACCUGCGCCACAUGCUGUAUCCGUAUAGCUCGGCGAUGCCCAUAUAUUUCGGGUCCCCAGGCAUUGUGAUGAGUCGGGCCGCUCUGCGUCGCUUUGUAGAACUGUCCCUGCCCAAUCCAAAGCUGUGUGAGCCCACGGACACGGGAGCCACAAUGGGCAAGCUAAAGGAGUGCCUGGAGAAGGUCGAAGUCGUGGCGGGGAACUCAAGGGACUUCAAGGGACGACGACGGAUGUACCUAAUAGAUCCGCAGGCUAGAUCGAAUUCCUACAGGGGACAAGACGGAACUUUCGCUUGGUCCAACUAUGCCGUUUCUUUUCACUAUGUUCAGGCCCGGAAUAUGUUUUAUUUCGACUAUAUGAUCUAUAGACUGAGGCCAUUCGGUCGGGAACUUAUCAACGAAUCCUUGCCUGACAAAAAUAGGUCCAGCCGAGAAGCAUAAAGAUUACAAAUUACGGCCGGGAGACGUUUCAAAAAAGGAGACGCCUGCUGAUUAUGCGUAUUGAUUGAAUGACUUUUACUGUUUGAUCUUCUCUUCCCGUAACUGAUCACGUCUUCACUUUAUGAAUCGUAUUAAAAACUUAUUUGAAAGAUAUAAAUAUU